AGUGCGCAGUGCAUUAUGGGUUGAAUGCAAUAUGUCGGACGAGGGUAAGCUGCACAGUUUUACUGACAAAAAGAUACCUUCCUGGGCUAAAGGAGAGGAUUUACGAUAUGUCGAAAAAGAUGUAUUGAUUCCUAAGAUAGUGCGAGAGAUAUCUAGAGAAAAAUGCAAGGAUUACCUUGAUGCUUUUACAGAGUGUUGCAAAGGUAGAACACUGUCCAUGGUCUGGAUUUGUAGAAAAGAAAAUCGCGCAAUGCAAGACUGCCUCRCUAAAUAUUACAAAGAUGAUCAAAUAUUUGAGGAAGCAAGAAUACGAUAUUUGAAAGAAAGAGAUGAGUUCCAAAAGAACUACUCCAUCAGUGGCAAUAAGAAAGACUUUAAGAAGAAAGAAUCGCCAACAUUUUAGAUUCUUUGGUUCCUUUUGGUAUAAGGAAGGAUUGCAACAUGCCAAAGUGUUAAUAUUAUACAACUCAAAGUAAAUGGCAUUAAAUUAUGGAAAAAAUACUUCUAAAACUUUCGUUUUGGAUAUUGAGAAUGACCAACAAGACAGCAGGUUUUUUGAUCACAACUGUUACACAACCUAGAUUAUGGCAGUAAUAACAAAUUGAUAACAAAUCUGCUCUAUGAUAAAUAUAUUUUCCUAAAUUUAAUAAAUGAAAAAAUCAAAAAUGUUUGAAAUGAUUAUUUAUCCUUUCUAUUCUCAUCUAUCAUCAUGUUCAUUUGCAGGCAUUAUCCUGUAUAUUCCCACCCAUCCUAACUAUUCCCUGCCAUCAUGAUAUAACAUACAGUUUUUGAACGAGGUAAUUCUAACAAAAACGUACAUGAAGUAUUGUUUCUAAGGAUAAUAGAUAAUUUAUUGAAUACACAGAUUAAACUGAACAGUUCUUGCACUC